UGAAACCUUUUUUUUGGAGACAGCUUCCUGUUUUGUGGUGUGAAGUUGAAGAUGGCGCCGCGUGAAUUACUGUCACAAAACGCCGUCAAGCCAGAAACUAGAAGGCAACUUCUGGAAAUGGCUCGGGAGGAGCAGAGUGGCACUUCACAACAAACAUCAGCCAGUGACGAACACCAGGGGACAGAGAACCAGGUUUCUGUCAAUGAGAUCCUCUAUAACUCUAUGACUGAAUGUGAAGAAGAAGAAGAAGAAGAAGAAGAAGAAGAAGAAGAAGAAGAAGAAGAAGAAGAAGAAGAAGAAGAAGAAGCGAGGCCCAAGCUAGUGCAAAUGGAGGAGAAGGCAUUUAUAUCAAGUCUGCACUCUUUUAUGAAGGACAGAGGUACACCUAUAGAAAGGAUCCCACAUCUGGGCUUCAAACAGAUUAAUAUUUGGAGGAUCUACAAAGCUGUUGACAAACUUGGGGGCUAUGAUUCAGUGACAGCACGGCGUCUUUGGAAGAAGGUGUAUGAUGAGCUGGGAGGAAGUCCAGGUAGCACCAGCGCUGCUACUUGCACUCGAAGACACUAUGAGAAACUGGUGCUGCCCUUUGAAAGACAAAUAAAAGGAGAGGAGGACCGACCUCUGCCUCUAAGCAAACCACGGAAGCCAUAUAAGAGAAAUUUGGAUAGCAAGGUCACCAAGGCUGAGAGAAAGAGGAAAAGGACUCAGUCGGAUAGAGAGAUGGACUCAGAGAUAGAGAUACUCACCGAAAGAAGUCCAGAGGCAGCUUGCCAAAGUGAAGCAGUGAUGCAUCCUCACCCCUGGGCCGCCACCUCUGAUGGACACCGCUCAGACUGUUCUUUGCCAAGCCGAGCCACCACCGGUCUUUGCAAAUCUGUCUCUGCCCACCUUGUCCAGGUCCCCACAUCCUGGGCUGCUCAUAUCCCGUCUGCUGCCGGAGAGGUCAUCUCUCCUCUGGAGAAAAAAAAGCGGAUGGCUCAGGCGAGCCUGAACUUGCCACUGAAUCCUCACACUGAGGAUAAAGAAAGGCCCUCCGUCAUUCACUGCUCCCAGUCUCCGGCCCGGGCUUCUUCCAGCCGGAACUGCGAAUGCUCCGACAGCUCGCCGCCUGCUUCAUCCCCAUCCUCUUCACGCAGCCCUUCCCCUUACUCUGUUUCAUCAGAGGAUGGCCCAGAAAGAAAUGAAGAUUAUUCUGCAUUAGGCUCUCAACUUUCCCAAAACUGUACUAGCGCUGUGAAAAAUAUCCCAAGCUGUAGUGAAGAAAGGAAGUGUAGUCAGAUAUCCAAAGACCCUGCAGGACAGAAUAAAGACAUCAGCUCCCAAUCCACAGACUCCAUUAAAGUCCAGAAUAAAGACUCUGACUGGAAGCCAAUUCACAAAGGGAGAGGCAAAUAUUCCAGCCAACCUUUCCAGUCAUUCUCCUCUUCGGAUUGGGCUUCAACAUCUACCUCUGGUUUCACCAAAGUUAUUCCAAAAUCUGUGCAGCUUCUGCGGCCCGCUCCUAUUCGUCCAGGUUAUAAAGCCCAGCAGGGCAGGUUGAUGCAGCAGGACGAGUCUCUGACUUGUGCGAAGAGGCUGAACAACAUGACUCCCUGGCUUUAUCAGACAGAGAAGAGGGAGAAAUCCAGGACUAUGCAACAGAAGGUUCCCCCCACUCAGCAUAGUCUGGCCCAUUCCACCGCCAGUCUGCCGGUGUCGUGUGUCCUGUCGAGCUACGACAAAUCAGGGAGAUACUCUCGACACCAGCCUCUAUUACAUCCUGCUUUUCUCCCCAACCGAAUGAGACUACCUCAAUCUCAACUAAUAUACCGACACGUCCCGAUGAGUCCAGUUCACUCUACUCUCAUGGGGUCUGUUGUUUACCCAUAUCCCUACUCCAUUCCUCUGUUAAAUCCCCAAAAUGGAUAUGCCCUACCUGCUAUGCAUCCCUUUUACCCUCACAAGCUGUGAUUCUUGGUAUUUUAACUCUAGACUUCAAUAAUAAUAAUAAUACAUAAAUGCAGUUUAAGCUUGCUGGCCUCCUUGUCUAUUGCUCAUAGUCAUUUUGGUAAAGCCUACUUGUGUUUUAAACAUGCUUAAGUAUGCGACACAGACAUAUUUAGGUGAUGUGGCUUCACAGCCAUCCCCCAGUGGUGAACUAGUUAAUGUCAGAACUGUGUGACUGUGUUGACCUUCUGUGGCCAAAUGAAGUGAUGGCUAGAGAUAUAGUAUAGGAUCACAGUGAAACAAGUUCAAUCGUGGAUCGAACGGAUGCAUCGUAGUUUUGCUAUAGUUUGAUUAAAUGCUAAACAAUAAGCCACAGUGCUUAUGCAAUGACACGUUUUUGUGAUUAUGCCAAAUUCUCAAUAGCUAGCCUAAAUAUAACCAGUUAAAUUAAACAAAACCACAGUUGUUUGUUCUCACUUGCACAAUUUCUAUACUUUAUGUUGAAAGCAAAGAACCUUCUUGUUGUACUGUAUUGUGAAGUGUGUUGGACAUAAUGCUACUUUAUCAAUACUGUAUGUAUCAAUGUUUAGACAUUUCUCAAAGAUAGUAUAAGCAAAGCUCAUUGUCAUGCAAGUGUACUGAGACAGAGAGUAAGUAAAGGAUCAUAGAAA